GCACAAAGAUCAUAAACUAAAGAGCCUUCCUAGUAAUCACUUGCUAUCAAGAUGGAAAGCUUUACAUCCACCAUCCUUUCCCUACUUCUCUCCACCGUUUUCUUCCCUCUCUCUUUCCUUCUCUUCAAACUCAUCCGCCGCCGCGCCGCCGCCGCCGCCCUCCCGCCGGGAAAGACGGGGUGGCCCAUUAUAGGGGAGAGCCUCGAGUUCCUCUCGGCCGGAUGGAAAGGCCACCCGGAGAAGUUCAUCUUCGAUCGGAUCACUAAGUACUCUUCCCUCGUCUUCAAGACUCACCUUUUUCGCGAAAAAACAAUUGUAUUUUGCGGCCCGGCCGGGAACAAAUUAUUGUUUACGAGCGAGAAGAAGCUCGUCCAAGUGUGGUUUCCGUCUUCUUUCAACAAGAUCUUCCCGUCAUCAUCGAACCAAACUACACCGAAUGAAUUGGCACUCAAUGUGAGAACAAUGCUCCCCAAUUUCCUCAAGCUCGACGCCCUCCAACGGUACGUCAGCGUAAUGGAUAAUGUCACCCGGCGACACUUUGAGGAUCGAUGGGAGAAAAAUGAAAAAGUCGUGGUUUUACCUCUUGUAAAAAACUACACUCUCGAGCUCGCUUGUAGGCUCUUUAUCAGCAUCGAGGAUCCAUGUGAAGUCGAGAGGCUUUCGAAGCCAUUGAAUGUUUUGCUCUCGGGCCUUUUCUCGAUCCCCAUCGACCUUCCCGGAACAACAUUUAACAAGGCGAUUAAGGCCUCGGAUUUCAUCCGGAAGGAGUUUGUUUCCAUAAUUAAGCGCCGAAAAAUUGAUCUUGUACAGGGGAAGGCGACGCCUACACAGGACAUUCUGUCACACAUGCUUACGACCAAGAACGAGAACGGCAGCGAAUCGUCCGUCGCGGACAGGAUUUUGGGAAUGCUAAUCGGUGGCCGGGACAAUGUCGCCUCGGCAUGUACUUUCAUCGUCAAGUAUUUGGCAGAGCUGCCCCAAGUGUACGAGGGAGUGUACAAAGAACAAAUUGAAAUUUGUAAUUCGAAAGCUCCCGGGGAGCCUCUGAACAAGGAAGACAUUCAGAAGAUGAAAUAUUCGUGGAACGUAGCCUGUGAAGUGUUGAGACUCGUACCACCCACCCAAGGAACUUUCAGAGAAGCCAUAGCUGAUUUCACAUACAAUGGAUUCUCCAUACCCAAGAAAUGGAAGUUAUAUUGGAGCAUUAAUUCAACACAUAAAAAUUCAGAAUUUUUUCCGGAGCCACAGAAAUUCGAUCCUUCAAGGUUUGAAGGAUCAGGGCCAGCUCCGUACACGUUCGUGCCAUUUGGUGGCGGUUCAAGAAUGUGCCCCGGGAAUGAGUAUGCCCGUUUGGUCAUACUAGUGUUCAUGCACCACCUCGUGAUGAGGUUCCGGUGGGAGAAAAUCAUUCCCGAUGAGAAAACCAUUGUGGAUGGUGUGUCUGUUCCCGCCAAGGGUCUUCCCGUACGGCUCUUUGCCAACAAAGUUUGAGAUGUUCUUCUUGUUUUAAUUUGAUCUUUUAAUUCAUAUGUCAUGCAUGGUGCAUUGUACUAUAAAUAAAUUUAUGAAUGUAUAUAUAGUUUACUAAACAAAAUUUGCUAUGGAAGGUUUUUAAAUAA